AUGGCUGCCCUCGGCUCUGAGCUCGGCAACGCGGCCAUGCUGGCUAAGAUUGACAAGCUCCGUGAGCUCAACGUCGGCUCCCUAGUUCCACUUCCCCAGCUCGUCGUCGUCGGGGACCAGUCGUCUGGCAAAAGCUCUGUGCUGGAAAGCUUGACGGGCCUCUCCUUUCCUAGAGACGUCGGGCUCUGCACAAGGUUUGCGGCGCAGAUAUCCUGCUGCCGCGACACUGUCAAGGUCGUCACCGUCUCUAUAAUUCCGCGCCCGGAUGCCGAUGACAAGCUCAAGGCGAAGCUGCUUGGCUUCAACCGGCAGAUCAACGACCUGAGCAACGAUGACCUGGCCAAAAUAUUUCAAGAGGCCAGUACUGCCAUGGGGAUUCGAAUGACCACCGACUCCGAGGACCCUAGAAGUGGCGCAUUUAGCCAGGACAUUCUCAAGAUCGAGAUUCAUGGGCCAGAUAAAAGUCAUCUUACUGUCAUUGAUGUUCCUGGCAUCUUUCGACUAACGCAGUUUCUAGGGCUCACGACAUCGACGGACAUUACGCUCGUCGAGAGCAUGGUCAAGUCCUACAUGAGCAAUAACAGAACUAUCAUCCUGGCGGUUAUGCCCUGCAAUGUCGACAUCGCAACCCAGGAGAUCCUAAAGCUUGCCGAAGCCGCCGACCCAGACGGCGCCAGAACGAUGGGCGUGCUGACCAAGCCCGACCUCGCCACCGAGGCAGCCACCCGCGACGCAGUCAUGGACCUGGUGCUUGGCAAGCGCAGCAAGCUAAAGCUCGGCUACUACGUCGUCAAAAACCGCAGCGCAGAUGACAAGACGUCCACCCUCGCCCAGCGCGUUAAGGUCGAAAGGGCAUUUUUUAUGGCUCCGCCAUGGACCAACGUCGGUGAUCGUUGCGGCAUUGCGGCCCUAAAGGAGCGUCUUCGCCGCCUUCUGAUGAAAGUCUCCAAGGACGAACUUCCGCACGUCAAGGGCGAGAUUAAAGAGCGCCUACGGAAGUGCAAGGCAGACCUCGAGACCAAGGGGCCUGCUCGGGCGGACCAAAACUCGCAGCGCCAGUACCUGGGAAAGCUGGCAGGUCGAUUUCAAGCAGUGAGCCAAGCGGCGCUCAACGGUUACUAUGCCGGGGAACGAAUCUUCAAGACGCACCCAGAGCUGAAGCUCAUCACGAGAGUCACCAAGCUAAACGAGGAUUUCUCUGAUGUUUUCUGGAGCCGUGGCCAUCGACAGCACUUUGGCAAGGUGGAGAAAAACGAAGCUGAGCCAUACGGCUGCCCCGAGCCUUGGAAAACUCCCAUCAUGGAAUGCAUUCGGAAUGCAUAUCAGUCUAGCCGGGGUCCCGAGCUUGGAACAUACGGGGGAACUGUUCUCUCCACGGUCUUUGAACAGCAAUCGGAGAAAUGGGAGCUGCUCGCAACUUCGCACGCCAGCAAUGCCAUUGUAAUUGUCCAUGACUUUAUAUUCCAGCUCAUUGCCUAUCUUUGCCCUGACGAGCAAGUCAAGGACCAGCUUUGGGCAAAUGUCCUCGUCGAGAAACUGCGGGAAAGGUACAAAAAAGCCAUGGACCACACGCGGUUUCUUCUAUCCAUUGAGCGGGGCGGAAGACCCAGCACGUUCAAUCAUUACUUUGGCAACCCUUUGCAGAGCAAACGUGCUGAACGACUGUACCAACCUUUGCUUCAAAAGGUCGAGAAGCAUAGCGGCUUCAGUGGCCACUACGUUGAGGUUAGCGAGCUCAAGAGGCACCUCAUUUGCAAGAAGAACGCAGAUCAGGUCUGUGAGGACAUUCUCGACACGCUGGCCAGCUACUACAAGCUUGCACGCAAGCGCUUCGUCGACGUACUCUGCCAACAAGUCGUCUCACACUUCCUUCUCGAUGGUGCUGAAAGCCCGAUCGCCGUCUUCAGCCCCGAGUUUGUCAUGGGUCUUGACUCGGAUCAGUUGGAGAUGAUUGCAGGCGAGGACGAAGAGUCCAAGGAGCAGAGGCAAACGUUGGAGCGUGAAACCCAGAGCUUGGAGGCAACCUUGAAGGUUCUCCGAACUUAG